AUGACUCCCGAUGCUUCUGAUGCUCUCGCAGUGAGGGAAAAAGUUCAGAAAUUCUUAAAUGCUGCUCGGACUGGAAAUCUGGACCUUCUCAAGAAAUUGGGCAAACAACUUGAUGAUGGAAAAGGAUUGGCCCAUACAGUAGCUGAUGUUAAGGAUGCUAACCAGAGAGGGGCUCUGCAUUUUGCUGCAAGAGAGGGCCAGACCGAGGUGUGCAAGUACUUGCUCGAGGAGUUGAAGCUUGAUGUCAAUACGAAAGAUGAAGACGGCGAGACUCCUCUUAUCCACGCAGCUCGUCAAGGACAUACAGCCACUGCCAAAUACCUUGUAGAGUGUGAUGCUGAUCCUGCGAUAGCAAGUGAAUUAGGAGCCACUGCUCUGCAUCAUUCUGCAGGAAUAGGAGAUAUUGAGUUACUGAAAUUCUUACUUGCUAAGGGUGUAAAUGUUGAUUUACAAAGUGAUGCUGGUAGUCCACUUAUAUGGGCAGCUGGUCAUUGCCAGCAAGAUGCUGUAAAAUUGCUACUAGAACAUAAUGCUAAUCCCAAUGCUCAAACUGAAGAUGAUGUUACUCCUCUAUUAUCAGCUGCUGCAGCAGGCUCAUUACAAUGUUUGGGGUUGUUAAUCAAGGCAGGCGCCCAUGUGAAUAUUACUGCUGGUGGAGCAACGCCUCUGCACAUUGCUGCUGAUGUUGGUAGCCCAGAAGUCAUAAACUGCUUAUUGCAAGCUGGAGCAAAUCCCAAUGCCACAGACGAGGAUAAUUUAAAGCCUAUACAGGUGGCAGCUGCAAGAGGUAACAAGGAGGCAGUUAAGAUUCUUUUCCCUGUAACUUCGCAAAUUGAAAAUGUUCCAGAGUGGAGUGUUGACGGAAUUCUUGGACACGUGCAAUCUGAAAAUGAGAGAAAACAGGGAGAAGUAGAAGCUUCGAGGGAAUCCAACAAGUUGAAGGAUAUUACACCUCCAAAACUAGAUGUGCCCAAGGUAACACCAGAGGCCAAGAAGAAAGCUGCUGAAGCAAAGGCAAGGGGUGAAGAGGCUUUUAAGAGGAAGGAUUAUAUGACGGCAGUUGAUGCUUAUACACAGGCUGUUGAUUUCGACCCAACUGAUGCUACACUGUAUUCUAAUAGAAGUCUUUGCUGGCUUCGUCUGGGCCAAGCUGAUCAUGCUUUAGCUGAUGCUAAGGCGUGCAGGGGUCUUAGACCAGAUUGGCCAAAGGCUUGCUAUCGAGAGGGUGCAGCUUAUCGUUUAAUGCAGAAAUUUGAAGAAGCAGCCAAUGCUUUCUACGAGGGGGUGAGGCUUGAUCCUGAAAAUAAAGAGCUCGUAACUGCUUUCAGGGAAGCUGUUGACGCUGGAAGAAAAUUUCACGGUACAGAGCAGCCAAAAUCUUAG